AUGAUUUACUACGGGAAAAGAUCUGUUUCUUUAGGAGAGCUUUAUCGCUAUACAAUAACAUUAGAUCCGUCAUUUGAUGAUUUUCAAAAAAGAUCUAAUAAAAGAGCUUUUAAAAAUCUAUGGCUUAGAAUAAGAAAUACGACAUCUCAUUUUCUCAGAGUGGCUUAUUUUAACGGCCCAUAUACACUUUAUGUUUCAGUUCGAGGUCUUGAUUAUUCACCAUUUAAGUUGCCGUUGGACUUUAUUCCCCAAUAUCGUCAAAAUCUUAAAGCAGGUUCAUCAUUUUGGGUGGCUCUUCCUAUUCCAGAGAGAUGUUCAGAUGAUUCAUUAAAGGCAGAACAUUUGUCUAAAAAAAAGGGAUGGAUUGUAGAUAUUAUUAGUCAGAUUGUGUUCUCUCAGUCUGCUAAUGUGCAUUUUGAGAUAGCAUUAUCAACCUCAAUGCAGGACAUAUUUUGGGCAGGUUGUUUUGGUGUUACUGAGCUUAAAGAUAUACCGAUAAAAGUAUAUGAACAAAAUACGAGCCAGCUUUGGUCUGUACCAGAAGAUUUGAGAUUAGAUGACUCUAUUGAAAAACCAUCAAAAAAAGAUAUUCACUUUGUUGUUUUAACGCAUGGUCUUCAUUCAAACGUAAAUGCAGAUAUGUUUUACCUUAAAGAGCGGAUUGAAGAGCAGGGACGGAUAUCAGGUGAAAACUUAGUUGUUUCUGGAUAUAAUGGGAAUGUUUGCAGGACGGAUAAGGGCGUCGAAUAUCUUGGAAAACGUCUUGCAGAAUGGGUUUUAAAAGAAGUUGGAUGGUUUAGCAACAAAAGACCCUAUUACCAAAAAAUUUCAUUUAUUUCACAUAGUCUUGGUGGAUUAGUACAGCUUUACGCUAUUGGGUGGAUUUGGAUACGUACAGAAGGAAAAUUUUAUGAUCCUUCUUCUAAUGGUCUUGUUCCUGUUAAUUUCGUUACUCUUGCUUCUCCGUGGCUUGGAUUAUUUGCAGAAAAUCCUAUAUAUGUAACCAAGGCUUUAGAAUAUGGAAUUGUUGGGAAAACAGGAAAAGACUUAGGUCUCUCUAUGAAACAUAAUAAAACCAAUCGUUUAAAACAUAAUAAAAUCAGUCGCUUAAAACAUAGUAAAACCAAUCGCUUAACAAAUCAGGCUAUUCAUUCGGAUAAUUCAUUGCCUUUUUUAAGUACUUUGUCAUCAGAAAAAAGUCCAUCUAGAACAGCACUUAAGCUUUUUGAAAGGCGAACAGUGUAUUCGAAUAUAAUCAACGAUGGUAUCGUUCCAUUAAGAACAAGUUCCUUAUUUUUUCUUGAUUGGAGAAAUAUUGACUGGUGUGAAAAAAAAAAUCUUAAUAAAUAUGAAAAAAAUGUUUUAUUACCAAUUCAAUCAGAUAAAUUAAAUCAGUAUCAUUUUCAUGAAGAGAAAAAUAAAAAUUUUAUAAAUACUAAUUAUCCAUAUCAAGCAUUAUCUACAGUAUGUUCUAAUGGAUCUGUCGAAACAGAUGCAUCUAAUUUUUCUCUAAUGUUAUCUCCAGUCGACGAAUUACAGUUUUCAAAUAUCGAUAAAUAUAAAAAUAGUAAGCAUUACAAUAUACCUUCAAAUAUAUCUAAAAAUAUGGAAUUCCAAAAUGAGAUAGAAUAUGAAACAAAUAUGCAAUUUAAUACAAAUGAUUUUUAUCCUCCGAAAUAUAAUAAUUUUUUACCUAUUUUAAAAACAGAUACUAAACCGUUUCGUUCAAAUUCUAAAUCGUCGCAUACCUCAAUAUAUCAUAGUUAUGAUUCUUCAAAGCUAUUUAAAAAUAAAUCCGAAUCGAAUUCUUUAGAAACAAAUAAAUUAAAAACAAAUUCAUUUUCUUCUAUAAUUUCUUCAUUUAAGACAUAUUUAAAGAUCAAGCGCAAUAAAGACUCUUUGAAAAUAAAAAAGAACAAAAAAAGCGGAACUAUCAAUAGCACAAGUACUGAUUAUACUUAUUUUUGCCAUAAGAUUAAUCUUAUUCCAAAAAUGGGUUUUUUUCGAAGUGCACGCAAUGUUUUAAGUUCACCUUUGCCAAAAAAAGAAUACUUGAUUAAUCCUUGUCAGACAAAGACCAUAAUUCAUGACCGAUAUUAUUAUCCUGAAGAUAUACCCAAGAAGUUUUAUAAAUUAGAUUCCAAAUUAGAUGCAUCCCAGCGUGGAAAGAAUAGUUUAAAAAGAAAUAAAGUAUCUAAAGAGAAAUUAAUUCUUGAAGAAAAAAUUGCUAGAGAAUGGCAUGCUGAUAUGAUUUGGAGAAAAGUGUUGGUACAUUUAGAACCAGAUGCACACAAUAAUAUAAUUUGUAGAAGAAUGUUUGUAAAUGCAUAUGGAUGGCCUGUUAUAGAACAUUUAGUAUUAAAUCAUUUCUAA